AUGGCAGAAUUCGUUAAACUCUCAAUCUUUGGUACCGUCUUUGAGGUGACCACCAGAUACGUUGAUUUGCAACCUGUUGGUAUGGGUGCUUUUGGUUUGGUUUGCUCCUCCAAGGAUCAACUCACUGGUAUGAAUGUUGCUAUCAAGAAGAUCAUGAAGCCCUUCUCAGCCCCAGUGUUGGCAAAGAGAACUUACCGUGAAUUGAAAUUGUUGAAGGCUUUGAUGCACGAAAACAUUAUCAGUUUGAGCGAUAUUUUCAUCUCUCCAUUGGAAGACAUCUAUUUCGUUACAGAGUUGCUCGGUACCGAUUUGCACAGAUUACUUCAAUCUCGCCCCUUGGAGAAGCAGUUUAUUCAAUACUUCUUGUAUCAAAUUUUGAGAGGCUUAAAGUAUGUCCAUUCUGCGGGUGUCAUUCACAGAGAUUUAAAACCUAGCAAUAUUCUCAUCAAUGAGAAUUGCGAUCUCAAGAUUUGUGAUUUCGGUCUGGCUCGUAUUCAAGAUCCCCAAAUGACUGGUUAUGUUUCAACUAGAUACUACCGUGCACCCGAAAUCAUGUUGACCUGGCAAAAGUAUGAUGUUGCUGUCGAUAUCUGGAGUGCUGGCUGUAUCUUUGCUGAAAUGUUGGAAGGCAAGCCGCUCUUCCCUGGAAAGGACCAUGUCCACCAAUUCUCCAUUAUCACCGAACUUCUUGGUACUCCUCCUGACGAUCUGAUUGCUACCAUCUGUAGUGAAAACACUCUUCGUUUCGUCAAAAACCUUCCCAAGCGUGAGCCUAUUCCAUUCAACCAAAGAUUCGCAGGACAAGAUCCCCAAGCCAUUGAUUUAUUAGAAAAGAUGUUGACAUUCGAUCCACGCAAGCGUAUCACAGCAGAAGAAGCAUUGGCUCAUCCUUACCUGGCCCCUUAUCACGACCCCACUGACGAACCAAGUGCACCCGAGAAAUUCGAUUGGUCUUUCAACGAAGCUGAUUUACCUGUUGACACAUGGAAGGUGAUGAUGUACUCUGAAAUUUUGGAUUUCCAUAAUGUAGACAACACAGAUACUGCCAAUUACUUGGGAACCCCUUUGACUGCACCUAUUCUCGAAGGCCAAGAAGCCGCAUAUAUGCAACCUCAACAAUAA